UCAGAGUCUGAAUGCUGUUUAUAUUAAAAUAUUGCCAAAUCAUCUUAAAUGUAAAGUAAAUGGAUAUGGUGGAUUUUCUUUGUAUGAAGUAAAUCAGUAAAAAUGACAUUCACAACUGACACUUCAAGGGGAAGGGGAUUGCUGAUGUGGCCCCUGGUGAAAAUGAGUUUGACACCCCUGGUCUACAUCAUUGUCUGAGUUAUGGUGAUACAGCGCAUCGUCAUGAAAACACACACACAGCAAACUCUGAAGCGUCAGAUGGAACUAGUUGACACAUGUCACAGGCUGUUGCAUGUUGAUCUAACAGAUUAACGUUUCUCACACAUAUGCCUGCCUCUCUUCUAUUUCCUCAUAGUGUCUCUCACCAGUCAGGUUUGCAGCUUUCCUGCUCUCCUUUUCAUUCGGACAAUGUCAGUGUUUGUUUUCUUUUUUUGGUGAAUGGGUGUGUCUGUUGUAAGGUAGGUGUCUUCAUAAUCAGAAGAAAGUGACAGGAUUGGAGCGAUGAGUGUCAGUGCGCUAUUUGUGAAUAAGGGCACAACAGGAGCAACGAUACAAAAACAUCCCUCCAUUUUUCUUUGAGUCUCUUCCUCGUGAAUUUCACCGCACCUUCAGAAAGGAAGUGGUGGUUUAUCACUCAUCGACAGGAAGAGGUAGGAGAAACAAAACACGUAAUACACAUACAUACCCUCUCCGUAUCGCGGUUCUUCGUGCACAGCACACUAUUGGCUAAUACAAAGUGUACUCGGUGUACUAUUGGCUAAUUGAGCGUGCACUUCUGUUCCUCGCGCUGAUUAGCUCAUGCAUCGUAGCAUCUCUCAUUCACUUCACUCUGCGUCGCCAUUCUACAACUCUGUCCAUAUAAUUGUGUUAAAUGGUAAUACAGUCUAGGGAGGGUUGAUAACAGUGAGGGGGAGGUUCGUAAAGGGUAAAUAAAUACAUAAAUAAUACAAUAACCAUCUCGCCUCUACUUGGUUAUUUUUCCCAUUUUGCAGUGGGUCUGGGAACGCAACUACUGAGAUAGGAGAAGGACCACUGUAUCGCUUAAAAAGGCAGAAAAAAAAGAAAAUAUAUUAUAAUACACAUAGUCUAUAGAGACUGAUCACACAUACGGUACUUCUGUGUGCCAUACAUUUAGUAACAUAUCUAAAGAAAAAUGAAAAUCAAGAUAGAUAAAAAGAAAUCUAAAAGGGAGGAUGUGAUGUAACUAAUGAAGCUAAAUAAAAUGAAACAGAAAGGAUUGUAGAGAAUGUAUCACAAAAAGCUCAGUCACAAGUCACACACUGAUAAAAUAAGUAUAAAAUACUGAAUGUUAUGGUUUAAAAUUGACAACAUAAAAAUAAUCUGCAAACAAUAAUAUGAAGGUGUUAUUUUGUAUUUUGAAAGAACCAAUGGCGAACGGCAGCACCUCCGAAGACUUCUGCUCUAUUCUCAAGGACAUGAGAGAAAACAACGAAACCAGCAACAAAGAAGUCAAUAUGGUCGUGGUCAUCGUCCAUGGUUUUUUCUCCUGCUUUGGGAUUUUAGAGAACAUUCUCAUCCUCUGGAUGGUUGGUUUCCGCCUACAGCACAAAACUGUAGCCUCUGUUUGGGUGCUCAACCUUGCGUUCUCUGACUUCCUAGCCACCCUGACCCUCCCCCUCUUCACCCUGUACCUCUACCAGUCACAGAGCUGGGAGGUUGGCGACAUACUGUGCAAGAUUCAGACAUCCAUCUUCUUCGCUAACAUGUUCGUGUCAGCCUUCCUCCUGGCAGCCAUUUCCCUGGACCGCUUAAUUCUGGUGGUCAAACCAUUUUGGAGCAAGGAACAUCGUACGGUGCUUGGAGCGUGGAAGUUGUGUGCACUCGGUUGGCUAUGGGCUGCAAUCAACACGGUGCCUUAUACCGUCUUCCGCUCCGUCAUAAAGAGAAAGGACGGGAGAAAUAUGUGCUACCACAACUUUGCUUUGCUUUCUUCCUCUCGAGCCACGGUCGAGAGAAACUGUAAGGUGAGACAGGAAGCGACAGCUAUAUCCAAGCUGCUGCUGGCUUUCCUCUGCCCUUUGGGGGUGAUUGUUGGAAGCUACAUCCAAAUAAGUCUCCGCCUGAUGGAUAGAAACCGGAGGAGGAGAAGGCAGACCAGUUUCGUUCUACCAAAUCCCAGACCUCCAAAUACAUCUCUCACUACCAGAAUCAAUAGCAUUCUCUUCAAGCAGACGGCUUCCAACGAUCCUGUAAAUUUGAGCUCCAACACUCCAAUCAACUCUAGUCAGAUCAAUGAGAAACAGCUUUCCCCGUGCUUCAUUAGAAUGGUGACAUUCCUGAUAGCGGCGUUCAUCCUGUGCUGGGGGCCCUAUCAUAUUUUUUGCAUCUUGGAAGUGGUAGCACAUUAUCACAUUCCCACUCGUUAUGCAGUGGAGAAGUGGCUUCCGAUAGCUACCACCAUCUCGUUCCUGAAUCCAGUGCUGGAUCCCAUCUUGUACGUCUUCAGCUGCCCACAGUUCUGUGUGCGAGUACGUCAGAGUCUCGGAGCAGUGUUUGACACACUGGUGCGGGAAGAUGAUGAGAUGCUUCGGCCUUUCGGAAAUUCCCGCAGAGCUCACAGGUGGCAGCAAAGCUUUCAGCGUGUCGAACCUGAAGUACCCAUGUAAGGCAUCGGCUCCACCCCAUCAAUCACAUGACAUCCAGUAAAAUCUUAUACCUACCUUUGGACGAUGAAGGUAUUGAAGAGUGAUCCCAACCCAAUCAUGGACAAGAAUCCAAAAGAGAGAGCGCUACAAAGCGCUACGUGGUUGGCGGAUUACUGGUUCUAAUUCAGUGGUCACCUGGUAGUUUUAGGUUUCUACCUCUAUGGAGCACAGUUUUAGUUACACGUCGGCUUUGAAUAGCGUUGUCUUUGUCAAUGUAUACAAUGUAAAUAUGUAAUAAACGCCCAGUUCAAAUGAAUUAAGCUGUAGGGUCAGUGUCUGCUCAAUGCCAAAAAUGCCCACCAGAGAGCAGUAAGGGGUUGUCUGCUUAGAUCAGGAUGGGAUUAUAUUUUCAAUUUUAGUCCAGGCUCUUUAUUUCAAUUUAAACCAUAGAACGUACUGCUCCAUAAGUUCCAGUGCAUGGAAAGAAUUGUUGUUUUGUUUUUGUUUUUUUGAAAAUGUAAUGCUGUUCAAACCAGGUGAAGUGCUCAGCUGUUGAAACGUACAUCUCCAAUAUCAAUCUAAAAACCCUAUAUGAUCCUAUAAGUGCAUAUGAAGCUUUGAAAACUUGCAGCAUACUUUAAGACUUUCCUGAUUCCUCCCUGCUCGUCUCCCUUUUUUCACUUUUGUUUUCACUUUGUGUUGCAACUCUGGGGUUUUUUCCCCCAUCAGCAGGUUAAAGUGGAAGCUACUUUAUUGUGAAUUACACAUGAAACAUAAUGUCUACUCAGACCCGUAAAAAAAGAAUUACAGAAGUGAGAACAAACCUAUGGCCAUUUUGAAACCACAAUUUGACAGAAGUUCACAAGUUGACUUUGUCAUAAAGCAACAGUGAAGAAGUGAGAUGUUGGUCUUCAAAAAAGCUUUUCCAUCUCUGAGCCAUUUCUUUCGAAUGUAAAUGUGGAGACAAAAUGAGCAAUGGUUUAUUCAUGAAAAGAACUCUUGCACUCACAUUAACGCUGCAAGGAAAGAACUUCCUGCAUGUAACUCAUGUGUGCAAUGCGCCUCAGAAGCGUGGAGAAUUUUGAUGCCGUGCCAAGGCUCUGAUACAAACCUGUGGUUACAAGCUUGGCCCUAAGCACUGGAUGCCACCUAUUUUUAUACAUGUAUAUAUGAAUUUGUCUAAUGACUCACAAAGAAAUUACGACCCUCUUCAGUACCUCUGUGAUCCCAAUGGGGUCACGCUCCACUUGUUGAGGAUAUCUGAUCGUCGUGUUUUAGUUCAGACAUGUAAUACCACCGAAAUGAGAAAGAAAUAAGAGAAGACAAGAAGACACUGUGGACAGAAUCAGGGAUUAAAUACAGCAACGAGUACGGAGAGAUGCUGAGUACUGCUGUGAGAAACAGUUGCGGGUUGAAUAACAGAUGCUGCAGGAAGACUUGAACCAAGUCACACACCAGUGAUUUUCUGUCAGCCCAUACUAACUCCGCUGUAAACUCUACCAUGAAGACACACGUACAACGACAGAAAAGUACCACGAAGUAAAGAAAAUAAUGAAGGACUUUUCGAUUAGUUAUAUUUUAAUGUUUAUUUACAGCAUAUAACAUCAAAAUGGUACUGUUUAACAUUAUUAUUAGUCCUUUAAUUCACCACAUAACGUCGGUGUGUAUGGAGUUUGGAUGGAUUCAACUUUUUACUAUUCCUCAGUUGCGUUGUUAGGCCGUUUUUAUGCUUUUUUUUUUUAAAUCCUGUUUCGGAGACCAAAAUGUUGUGUAUUUUUUAUAUAUCAGAAAUUGUUUUUCAACAGUUUUUUGACUGUAUGUUCAAAGUAUUUUUCCACAUUUUUUUCUUUUUUAAAAAUUGCAACAACUGCUUUACUAUACCUUCGCUGCAUUAAUAAAAAGUUCAAAUCUA